AUGCCGCCUUCCAAGUGGGAUGAAGAGGAGAGCGACUCUGCCCCUCCUGUCGUUGUCGCCCCUCGCCGCCGAUUCGAUGACGAAGAGGAAGAGGAUGUCCUCGACUCAUGGGAUGCCGGUGAAGACUCCGAAGUAGAGCGCGAGAAGGCCAAGAAGGCCGAAGAAGCCGCCGCCAAGGCCAAGGCCGCCGCCGCCGCCAACAAGAAGACCAAGGCCCAGCGGAUAGAGGAACACCGGGAGCAGCGACGACAGGAGGCUGACUCCGACGACGAGUCUGGCGACGAGGAAGAGUCUGAGCGCCGCGCUCGUCUGCGCCGGACCGAGCAGGACGCUGAUCUCGCUCACGCCGAGGACCUCUUUGGCUCCGUCGACACCAAGCGCAACAAGGGUGCCCCCAAGGCCAUUGUCAUCAGCGACAAGGCCGACCCUACCAAGUCUAUCGACCUGUCCUCCAUGCCUCUUUUCAACCCCAACACUAAGGACCAGUUCAACGCUCUGAGCGACGCCCUCAUCCCCCUCCUGACUCCUCACUCGAAGAAGGCCCAGUACGCCAUUUGGGCGCAGGACUUUGCCCGCAAGUUCGUCAAGGACCUGCCUAGCACUGAGAUCAAGAAGAUUGCCAGUGCCCUGACCACUGCUAGCAACGAGAAGAUGCGCGAGGAGCGCGCUGCCGACAAGGGCAACAAGAAGACCAAGGCUGCUAAGACCAAGAUCUCGCUGAACGCUAGCCGCGGCCCUGUCGACAACACCAACUACGACGGUGAUGACGGUCUCGCCGAUGAUGACUUUAUGUGA